UCGCUCUGGUUCCUCCACUUGGUCCUCUCUUCGACUCCGCUCAAGAACUUGGACCACCAAUUAGUUUAGCGCCGGAGACCUGGCCUAUCGCGACGUUCCGCCGAUAGACACUCGCAAAAAGGAAUCAUCGAUCACGAUCAGCAGAUCAAGUUCGUCCGACUCUGCGCGGCAAGAUGCCCCGGAAGAGGCGCGCCUCGACCUCGUCGUUGGAAGAGUAUCCCUCGGAAGAGAAGUACGCGAAGGACGACAUGGACAGUCGAGCGCCGCGGAAUGCGGCCAACGCCCGUGAACGCGCGAGAAUGCGUGUCCUUAGCAAAGCAUUCUGCAGAUUGAAGACAACCUUGCCCUGGGUGCCAGCAGACACCAAGUUGAGCAAGCUUGACACGUUGCGUCUUGCCGCGACUUACAUCGCCCAUCUGCGAGCGGUGCUCAGGGACGACGGCGAGGCUCAUCCUGAGACCACCAAGUCCUUGUCGCUUACCUUGUCGUGGCCAUUCGCUAUACAAAACAGCAACGCCGCGACGCUGAUGAACAACAGUUGCAGUGUGUCCUCUUCGACUUCCUCGGGCUGUAAUCAAUAUCGAGGACAGCAGGCAACUCAUGAUAUACAAAACUUCCAUCAUUCGGGGCAUCAGGGUGCGUCGACGCGCCACAGUCAGGAGCAACAGCUCUCUUAUUUCUAAGAAGAAGAAGAAAAAAAGAGAAGGGAAAACCCCCUGACAAUCCGAUCGGAACUCGAGCGAUUACAACUAGAGCGAUAUCUACGAUGAGAACGAGCACCAUCAGCCAAGUUACACGACUACCACGACGACGGGACCGUCGUUCCCACGGCUUAUUUAUUCCGGAGAGUGCCUUACUCCUUUACUAUUUAUUGAUUUGUAAUCUUAACGCGCGACACUCCGACGUUUGUACACACAUGUGACAAUGAGACACGAUACAUUGAUAUUGCGGAUAUCUCAGUGAACACCAACAAUCAGUAACAUAACAUCAAUGUUGUAAUUUUCCGCUCAACAAUGUAAAUGCAAUAUAACGCGGAUAUUGUGUAAACAGUUGCAUUGUUGAGUGGAAAAUUGUAAUAUUGAUAUAAUGUUACUGUCACAGUUGAUGUUUUCACUGGGAUAUAUGCCCAGUAAACACCAAGUAACAGUUAUAUAACUGUUAGUUAUAAUUUCCAACAAUAUAACUGUUAUAUAUAACACACGCGUUAUAUAACAGUUAUAUUAUUGAGUGGGAGAUUAUAACUAACAGUUAUAUAAUUGUUACUUACUGUUUGUUGGGUGUAUUAAUACACGCACAUGUGUGAAUGCUUGCGUCUCGAUUUACGCCUUUUGCGCUCUUAUAUAUUGUUGUUAUAAAAAAAGUGCAAUUCCCGUAUGCAUAUGUGUCUAGUGAGAUAACCUAAGUAAGCAAAAUGGACGAAAAUAUCAAUCUUGCCUUGUUAUACAGAGAAAAAAGAGAAGACAAGAAAUCACGAAGUCGAACGACCUAAAAAAUUCUUGACUUGUCAAAUACUCGAUUAAUGCAAUAUCAUGUAAUAUUGUAAUCGUAAUUAAUACCAAAGCAUGUCAACUAGUCGAAUAAAAGAUAUUUCUAAGA